AUGUCAAGUGCUGUCGGAAGGGGGAAUAGAGGAAAGCCAACAACAGGUACACAAAACUGAGAUUAUCAUUAUUCGUUUUGUUUAUUAAAGAUGCGAACAAUGUAAGCCUUGGUGGAAACGGUGUUCAUCUUCAGUAUGCUGCGCCUAUUGUUCAGCAACCUGGUAUCCCUACAGAAGCUACAAUGCAGCACAGCUAUCAACACCAGCAGCAGUAUGCAAAUAUAUUUCUGCUUCGCUCUUAUUCUUGUUGUUUUCAAGGUACCCGAUGAUAGUUCAAUCAGCUCCUCAGGGACAAGUUCACCAGCAGUAUGGAGGAAUUUAUGUUCAGCAGCCACAAAUGGCUUACACUACUAGGCAAGCACCUUUGUGCGUUGUUUUAGUGUGAUCUUUCCUAUUCGACACUUUUAGCUAUGGUUAUCCUGGACAACAAGAAAUUUCAAUGGGCUACGAUCCAAUGGUCGCAACACAAAUGUAUCCGACAGGAACGCCUAUUUACCCGGUAAUUUAUUCAAUUUUUCUUUCAAUUUCAUGUAAAAAUGAGUCUUCAGAUGCCGAACCAGGCUCGCCAGCCGCCUCCUGCAGCGAACAAAGGACGAGAGAGAAAAAUUCUAACAAUCACCGAUCCAAAAACUAAUACCCAAAUUGACAUCAAAGGGGAGGCGAAACAUGAAGGUUGUUAGUAUUUUUUAGACACCUUAUAUUUCAUUUGAGCAAUACUAUAUCGUCAAUUUUUUCUAGCUAACACUUCGGUUGUCAAUGGCCAAACUCCACCGAAAACAGACUUGGAAGAAAAAGCCCAACAAGGUCGUUUAUACUCGACAAAAUCAGAAGGCGAACCAGAAACACACAUACGGAAGGAGUUCACACAACAAGUGAUACAGAAAAUUAACGAAGAAGAUCGUCAGUAGUUUUUUUUUUUAUGAUUGAAUGAGAAAUAAGUUUUAGCGAAAGCUGUUCGAUCAAGAACACAAUCGAGAUCGGACGCUUCUUUUUCUAUAGCAGCGCCAAUUGCUGCUUUCAACCAUGAAGUUGUCCCAGAACCUGCUGAGUACCAACAUCCAGUUAUUCAACCUAUUCCUCAGGUUUUUCUUGUCAUGUUUCUUAGAUACUUCUCUGAAAAUUUCUAAUCAUGCGCUAAUUUUUUAAAAUUAGGUUGUAAUUUUUCCAGAGAACUCCGGAAAGAGAAACGAGCGAAACUCCAGCUACUACUAAGCCUGUACCCGAGUCUGAAAUUCUGGCACUUGCAGCAAAGCUGAGCGCUGCUCAACUCGAAUCGUACGUUUUUGAUUGUUUCUGGCGGCUUGAAAUUUGGAGUUUGCAACAUGCACCGGCUGAAUCCCACUUCAGCCUAUUGCGCGCGAAAAAAAAAUUUGAAAAUGUAUUGCCGCACUUUUCGGGGGGAAAGACGCACCCCGGGGUGGGAUCCUGCCGACGUAUGGUUUGCAAGCUCUUUUUCGCAGAUAUUCGAAUACACAGCACAAUAUCUUUUGAAAAUAUGAAGUUUUAUAAAAGUGGUUAUUUAUUCAUCACCUCAUUUUUUUCAGUUUAAUUCUUUUUAGAGCCCACGCUUUGGCGCCAGUAAAGUCGUCAUCAGUACCUCCGGUAGAUGUUCCCUCGACAGCUGAAGAGCCUAUUGAAGAAGAAACUUUCAAGAAGGAAGAUUCUUUGGAAGAAACAGAACGAGAAGAAGACAUUCUGUCCGAUUCGGGAUCUCAAAUUAAGGAUGAGCCUGAACUGAGCAAAGAGCCAGAGGUAUUUUCGUUCAUAUAAAAUUUAUUAUAUGCAAAGUUUAGGACGAGGCAGAAAAACUAAUGAUUCGCGAAAAAGAGUUGGACUCACAAGUUGAAGAACUUUUGAAAUCACCUGAAGAAGUUGAUGUCGCUGCUAACUUCUACGGUCGUAGCUUCCUUGUCACCCUGCGUACAAUUGAAAAAGUUAUUUAAAAAUCAGUUGUUUGCUCUAACAUAAAUGUUUAUAGGAACUCAAAAGAACGCCUUGUCCACUGAGCGUCGAACAAUUGAAUGGGUUUGGAUUGGACAUAAACGCGAUGCCGAAGACAGGAGAAAAGAAGACCGCAAACUUCAACCCUUCCUGGAACACUGGAAACAAGCCUCGAGCGCAACAGGUUAGUUUUUUUUUUCUGUUAAUAGCAUUAUUUAUAAAAAAUAUUUAUUUUUUCGAAUUAGUUUUAUUGAACUUUUGAAUCCGAUUUGAGAUAGUGAGGAGUUUUUUUUUUCUUUUUAAAUUCCCAUGUGCGCACUAUUCAGAAUAGUAAUUAGAAAGAAUAAAUUAAAUUACAACGCAACCGGUUUUUCUCUUGGAAAGCCCACUAUUAAGAAGAAAUGCUUUCAGAUAGUAAUAAUAGUUUAGGUUUUUUUAAAGUGAGUUCACAUGAUUUUUUUUUAUAGCUUUUGAUUAUUGCUUAAAUUUUGGUUUUCAUGGUUGAGGUGGAAUUGUUAAUAAUUUCAAAAUUCAAAGUCAUACAUUCAACUGGUUAACAAAAAAACAAAUCUCUGUUCCAUAGUUUUUUUUUUAAAAUUCUGUUUUAGCCGUACCGUGGCCGUGUCACCACCGACGGAUCUGGACGUGGAGGAAGAACGGAACGAGGAGGUCACAUGAAGAGGCCACCAGGUCCACGUCCAUCGAUCGACCGCGUUAUCGAUAGACCCAAGUUGGCGACUUCUAAGAAUGCGUGGAAGCCUGACAGGCUGAAAAACGAAGAACUUCCAGAAGAAGUUGCCAAGGCUAAAGUAAUAAUUAAAGUUGACUUUUUCGUUGAACUCAAACUUUUUUUUUCAAGGAACUUUGCAAGAAAAUCCGGUCGCUGAUGAACAAAAUCACUCCGACCACCAAGGAUGAACUUACUAAGGAGUUUAUCUCGCUGAAUGUUUCCGCAAACGAAGAUACGCUGAAAAUGGUUUUUUUUUCAGGAUUUGGUGUAAUUUGCGGUUGGUUUUCAGAUUGUUGAAAUCAUCUUCGACAAAGCUAUCGAAGAGCCCAAGUUCUGUAGUUUGUACGCCGAAGUCUGUAAGCAACAGGUAAAUUUGAUUCAAUCGGCCAUUUUUAAACGUCUUUCACAAAUGAUAUUACAAACUUCAAAAAUUGCUCUUAUCGUUAGAACAGACUUGAAAGAAAGUUUUUUUUGUGUGUUCAGGUGGACCAUGAGUUAAAAAUCAACAACAAGCAGUCGCCUUUCCGUAAUCGAAUUCUGACACGAGCGCAGGAAACUUUCUACACGAAGACUCAAGAGAAGGAGGAAAAGGUAAAACAUAGAAUACUAGUUGAAUCUAAAGUUUGAUUCCGUUUAGCUCGAGAAAAUCGAGGCAGAGACUGAUAUUGCCAAGAAAACCGAGCUUCAAAUCUCUUUGAUUGAGGACGAGGCCAAGUUCAGAAGGAGAAAGUUUGGAAACAUCACGUGAGUUUUGAAAAAAAAGUGUUUUUGAUUUUUAUUGGGUCUUCAAAAGGGGUUUAAGCAAUUCUCAGAACUCUUCAAAAACGAAAAAAAAGAACCAUAAGAAGGUCUCAUUAGGCUUUAUCUUACGCCUAGAAAACUAUGAAUUGUUCAACGUUUAGCAAUUACAUCGAAAUUUUUAGGUACAUUGGACAUUUGUUCCGGUUCACCCUGCUUUCUCCAAAAAUCAUCACCGCUUGUCUCUUUGAUCUGCUUAAGAACGUCAUGGCCCCUCUUCCAGAGCAAUCUUUUGAAGAGGUUUUAUUCAAAAAUAGAAUAUUUUAUUUGAUUUUCCUCAGGACUCUGUUCACUGUGCUCUAUCAUUGAUUGAAACAGUUGGCCCGAUUCUCGAUGCCAUGAAAGACAGCCCGAAGUUUUUGGACAGUUGGUUCGAUGUACUCGAACGUUCCAAAUCCAUUUGCUCUAAUAAAAUUCGGUAACUUUGCCUUUUUAGAUACAUUCAUUGAAAGACCGAUUUGCAGGUUCAUGAUCAUGAAUCUGGCCGAAUUAAGAAAAGCGAAGUGGGUCCACCGCAAAUCUGUGGAAACUGGUCCUAAGAAGAUUACGGAUAUUCAUAAAGAUGCCAAGCAAGAACAAACGGAUGCCGUCAAAGAGCGAGAUAAUGUUUGUCGGAUAAAAUCGUGGUUUUGAGUUGUAAAAGGGUCCAGAAACAUUAUGAGGAAAAUUUUGUACGUUUUUUUAUUUUAAGAUUGAUCAAAGCUUUUAAGUUUAACCUUGUAAAAUAGCUAAUUUGUAAUUUUAUGCAUAUUGAAAGAAGACGAAAAAAAUUAAGGCGAUACUUUUUAAAAAGUUUUUUUAUUUUAGUUUUUUUGAAAACAUCCAGUUGUACAUUUCCACUUAUACUCGAUCGUUUCAUUUCUGAAAAAAAAAAUUUAAUUCAUAGUUUCGAUAUAUCUGCAAAAUAAUCGUGUUCAAUGAGUUUAUUUCAGUACGACCGACGUCACAACCUCCGACCGUCUAGCAAUUCGCUCAGAAAGAAUCCCCCAGUUGGCAGAAGUUCUUUGGAUAAUCGCCAAGGCUCUUCCUAUCGCACCUCACAACCGACUGAGCAAAGACGAGCAAAUGCAGCCGCCAACACGAAAUACGUUUCGACUGGUGUCCAGCCCAAGAAGGUCUCGCUCGCCGACUUCGGCGGUGAUGGCAAACUUGGCGUUUCUCAACGGAAAUGGCACUCGGGGGCGACUGGAGGUGGCAUGACCGCCAACUCUCAAGAUUCGGCGCAACCCAAGGCGAACGCUUGGGGCCGACGCGAAGGCAGCAAUCCACGAAAAGUAUUUAGCGUUUUAUGAAAGAAAAUCACAGUUUUUUUAGGCUUCGGGUGUUGAUGAACGCCAGCAAGCUCUUGCCGCUGCCAAAGAAAUUGCUGCUGGAACGCUCGCCUCUCGUCGUUCUACUUCUCAGGUUGAAACAGGAUUCUAUAUUCGAAAAGUACACUUUUCACGAUAUCUUUAAUACGUAAAGAAGAGAUUUCAAACUUCCGUUUUGUUCGCGCUCUAAUGAUAUUUUCAGCAAGCUAGUAAUCCGCUUUUUUUUCAGUUUUUUUUUUGUGAAACUUCGAAAUUUAAAAAAAAAAGAAUGGUUUUUUACUGGUCAUAUUUCAGACUUCUGUAGCUACUGACAUCGAUGAAGCAGCCGACUCUCAAGCGGCUGAAGAACAACGCGAGCUGCAUCGCAAAAUCAUGAACACUGUGAAAUCGGAUAUCGGAGAGUUGUGCAGUGGCGACCUGAAGUUGACGGAGGUAAAAAAAAACUUAUUUGGGCUUCCAAAAAGCUGUGCAGCCUUUUUUUUUACCUGAGCUAGUUUUUGCAAAAUGGAUUCAUAGUUGUAGUCAAAUUGGUCGUGUUUUAAUCCAACUUCCAACAGAUGUCCGACGGACUCCUCGGAAUGGUUGGACAGCAGAAGUAUGGAGCUCCUUCUUUGGUGACCAUCUUCGAAUACGUCAUGAGAGCCGCCACUGAGAAGGCGCUGAAGCCAGAAGAGAAGAAGCAGCUGGGAUUUGUUGUUUGCGAAACGUUGCGCAAGGAGGAAGUCAAAAAGGACUUCAUCAUGGGGUUAGUCGUCCUAUUUAUUGUGAAAACUGAAACUUUCUCUUUUUCAGCGUUUCCAAUUUCUGUCGAGAUGCUGUUGAUGAAGGAGUCUCUUGCGAUUUCCCGAAUUUGUGGAAGAACACUGGAGAGGUAGCCAUAUUCAUGCAAAUUCAACUAAUAAAGUAAUGGUAAAAAAUUGACUAUUCAACGUCAACUAUUUUUUAUAUGAAUUUGGUAGUUGAUUCAUGAUUAAAACACGAAGAACCAGGGUAAAAAUUUUUAAUAAAUGUUUUAUAAACCGAAAAAAAGGUAAAGGGAAAAAAAUGUCAGAAAGUUCACUAGCGAUAUGAGAAAUCGGGAAAGCCGCCGUUCGAAAAUUCGCUACCUUUUUUUUCGUAUCUCACUAAUUGUAUUUUCAUUUUCAUUUUUUUUACAUCCAUUUCGUAAAUUUUAGUACUUGUGUGUGUGAGAAAUAAGAAAUUUUGAUUUAGAGAGAAUACAAUUUAUUUAAACAUUUUCGAGAGUUUCUUGAUUUGGUUAUGACCAAAGUAAGUUUGAAUUUUUUUUUUUACGAAGUUUCAUUUUUUUUUUUGUUGUUGAAUUUCUACAAGUGAUAGGUUCUUAAAUCUUGUAGACUUAACUGUUAAUUGAAUGAAUUCUCUUUCUCGCGGAAAAAAAGCAUUAAUUUUCCAGGUGUUGGUGUACGUGAUGCACUGUCCACAUGAUGUCGUCGAGGGAGCCUUGAGAACCAACAUCAACGACUUUUCCGAUUCGUUUGUGGCCGCCACAAGCGAUAUCGGCGACAAAGGCUAUCAGCUCAUCGUCACCGUGCUCAAGAAACUGGUAUUUGACGGUCCACUUAAAGAAAAACAACUUUUAUGUCAUAGGCUGAAGCGGAAGUCGAAGAAAAAGUUGCUGCCGGCCAAGAGGUGACCGUCGCCGAAGGAAUGGCCUGGGAAUUCGCUGAAUUGGCGUUCCUGAGCCGGAUCGACCGCGAAAAACUCAACGUUGCACUAGCGGAAUGCGAACCCAAUGUCCCUGGCUCCAAGUCUUUACUAGAGCUUCUGACCGCUCAUUGA